UUUUGGGCGUACCAUUUGUCAUUGGUAGGUGUUUAGAUAGCAACCAUCUGAAGUACUAAGGGAAAUUAGGGCCGUAUCAACAAGGAGACUUUCUAACCGUUGGACGUGUAAUAAGAAAAAUGGCUACAGCACUUCGUCCAACCACGAGACACCAGCCACCUGACUGGUUCACAAGUAACUACACCAUCUCCACAAAUGCCGAGAGGCAGAGAGAUGCCUCUCAUCAAGUUCGCCAGGAGAGUCGAUUUCUCAGAAACGAGACAGACAACCAAACAAAGUGGGACCAGCACUCCAACAAUGUCCGUCUGGCAGACAGAGUAGACAAUAUCAGACAGUGGAAGGAAAUCCUAGAAAAAACACUAGCCGAUAUUGACAAGGAGAUUGCUGAUUUGUCUGAUGCCAAGGAGCUCACAGAACAAGCUCUGGAAGCCAAGAACCUUCCACUUGAUGUUGCCAUUGAAUGCCUGACACUCAGAGAGGGACGUCAAGGUAUUGACGUUGUACAGGAUGAGGCAGAGAACCAGCUACACAAGGAAGUAGAGGUUAUUGAAGGAAUCAAAAAGGCUCUUCAGCAGAAAAUUGGAGAUUCAUUUGAGCAGCUCUGCCUUCUUCAAGAGGCCAGACAGCAGCUCCAGGCUGACUUACAGGAUAAGAAUUUAGCCCUAGGAAUAGAUGUAGAUCAGUACAAUCUCACUGACAGGUCACCCAACAUCAGCUUCAAACCCGAUUCCUUAAGGGUACCCAAAGGAAGCACCACUCCUCAGCAGUGGGAAGACUUCAGUCGAUACAACAAAGAGAGGGCGGAGGCAGAAAUGAAGGCAUCCACCCGCCUCAGGGAGGCUAUCCAUCACACCCUUCAGCAGUGUGCCAAUGAUCUGGAGGCUCAGAGAAUCGCCACAGAGUAUGCAUACAGAAAAAGGAUCCACGAAUUUGAGAGAGCCAAGGGCGAGUUGGAAUGGCAAAAGAAAAAUACCGAGGAAGAAAUUGCAGAGCUGGAGAAUGACAUCAGAGGAAUUGAGGAGAAAAUCCGAGCAAAGAUUGCCCCUAUGAAGCUUGCUCAGACUCGCUUGGAAAAUCGUACAUACAGGCCUAAUGUUGAGCUUUGUAGGGAUGCCUCUCAGUAUGGUCUUACAGAUGAAGUUAAGCAGCUUGAAGCCACAAAGAGGGCUUUAGAGGAGAAAUGUAAACAGGCCAAACAUGCCUUGGAUGGACUAGAACAAAACCUACACAGGAUAAAUGAUGAUCUUGCUCAGAAAAUUAAUUCACUCAAUUUGGACAAUAAAUGCAUGGAUGUUCGUAAAAAGCUUCAGAUCCGCCCCCAGACUGCUCUAGAGAGGAAUUUAACCCUAACUGGAAUUCAGAGGGAAAAGUCACACGUCUUGGCAUAAUUUUCGGGAAAAUCCAAGUGCAUUUUUUACAAUAUGAAUCUAGGUCAAGCAUGUUUUACGCUAUCAGUAUUUUAAGACAAAUAUCAUGUGAUCAUGGAAUUUAAACUAUUGGACAGUUUAUUGCAUUGAAUUAUUUAUAUAUUAAAAUGAUUUAUGGGAUACAAGUAUUGAAGAUAUAAAGUUGAACAACUUUUCUGUGUUUGUCCUGAUCUUCACUUUUACUGGGUGCACUCUCUUUAUAUACAUUUGACACGUCUUUCAUUAUUGUUAUUACUGCAUUACCAAAAAUUAAGCAAAUCUUUGGUAAAGCUCAUAUAAUACAUUUUCUGCCCAAUCUACUGUGUGUUUAGUUACUUGUGUCUGACGAGGCUGGAAAAGUGUGCAUGUGAAAUAUUUACAAGUCAUUUUGCAUAGAAAGCAAAUACCUGUAUUACAGUGUUUCAGUGGUUUAUCUUUGGUAGUGCUUUAUAGGUGAUGUUGUACAUAACAGAAAAUAAAAGUGUAAAUCAUCA